UAGUCCGCCACUGGCAGUGCUUCCGAGGCAUAGCACUUUCAUGCGCGCGCCAUACAACCUCACUCCCUUUUCAAACGGCUUCUAAAACUUUUAUCGACUCAGAGACUGAAGAGUCGAGAGGUUGUUAACAUUUCAAAAAGACUAGUCUGAAUCCCAAAACCGCUGUUUAUGAACCUCACUUUCACGAAUGUCGACAUCCAAAGCAAGAAGCACGAGGAAGGAAGGAUCCGAGUCCGAGCUCCCCAAACCGGCCAUGCGGAACCCAGUCAAUGAUGAAUUCGAUCUCGACUUCUCCAAUGAUAUCAAAGGCAUUGUGUCGGCACUGCACCAGAUCAGAGAGAAGGCUCAGAAGGACGGUCAGAAGAAGAACGAAGAGACUAUCUCCAGUGUGGCCUCUGAGAUAAAGUCAACAAUUGAUGAGUUGAAGUCGAAAAUCGAGAAGGAUAGACAAAGUUUUGCCAAAGCACUUUCGAAGAGCUCAAAAGAGUGUGAAAGCUGCUUGAAGAAUGAGACUGCAAAGUUCCAAUCACUCUAUGAGAAGUUUUUCAAAGAGAAAGCUACUCAUCUGCAGGCCUUAAAAGAUACCAUUUCAAGAUUUGAAGAAGAAAAGGAAAAGCUAUUCACUCGAUAUGAACAACUAAGGAAGAGAGAAAGGACUAUGAUAUCAGAACAAGAAAAAUCCUGUGCUGCUAAAAUUGCUCAAUUGGAGGAGUCCUUAAAAAAGAAGAAGCAGGAUGACAAGACGUUCAGCAUUCUGAGGAAGACCCUCGGCUCAUUUCUGGACGAUGCUUCAGAUGAGGACUUCCCACCUGAUGAUUGAAGAUUGCUUCAACAGAGUGCUGCAACCUCUUUCAACCUUGGUGAAAAAUGGGCAGGUUUUGAUUUCCUCUCUCUAAGAAACUUUUAUAAUACAUCUUCCACUUUCAUGCAGGAAAUAAAAACACUCUUAAAACUUGCCCUUGUCUGGAUGGUUGCUCUUUAUAGUUCUGUACAUUCCCUUGAUUAAUUCUCAUCCCACAAACUUCGAUUGUUA